AUGUUGUCCAUGUUCUCAGGUCUGGGCCUAUCUCGAGACGGCAGCUGUGCCGCUGUGGUGUCGACUAACAACUCCGCUGCCAAAGACCUGCUGGUCUCCAAGCGAGUCGAGCGACAGGCCGAGGCCGAGGCAAUAGCGACACAGGCGCUCAAGCGGCAGCAGCAAAAGGAGCGACAGGAGCGCACAAAAAAGGAGAAGGAGGCGCAGCAGCCCGUAAGUGCUUUACGUCAAGCGAUGGACUUUUUCGCGCAGGAAGUGGACGAGCGCGAGUCGUUUGUGUCGCGCUCAACGAGGCGACGCCACAAGAGCAGCGGCAAGAGGAGCACCACACGAGCAGAAGUAGCGGCGCUUGCUGGAGCGUCUCGGGGUCGUCGUCAUCGGCAGCUCAAGUACAAUCGGGUGUAG